AGUGAUCACGAUCAGACCACACUGAUCAGCACAGUAGUAUUCGAUUCUUUUCUUAAUCAAUCGAACAUGAUUUUAAACGCUGUAACGAAAGCAGUCCCUACCUCCUUGAGAGUUAUUAAACCUUCCCUUUUGCAAAAUGAAAUCGCUAAAGUGUCAGGUGUCCUCGCUAUCAACAGAAGAGAUUAUGCUGUCAAAGCUGCAGCUGUUGCUGGCAAAGGUAGUGCACAAGGAAAGGUAGUUGCUGUCAUUGGUGCUGUUGUUGAUGUACAAUUCGACGAUGCUCUCCCACCUAUACUUAAUGCUUUGGAGGUACAGAACCGUACACCUCGACUGGUACUCGAAGUCGCCCAACAUCUUGGAGAAAAUACAGUGCGCACCAUUGCUAUGGAUGGUACGGAGGGUUUGGUACGUGGUCAAAACGUAUUAGACUCUGGAUUUCCUAUUCGUAUUCCUGUGGGAGCCGAAACCUUAGGCCGUAUCAUCAAUGUAAUUGGUGAACCCAUUGAUGAACGUGGACCUAUUGCCACAGAUAAGGUGGCCCCUAUUCAUGCAGAUGCUCCUGAAUUUGUACACAUGUCCGUUGAACAAGAGAUUCUAGUCACUGGCAUCAAAGUCGUGGACUUGCUGGCUCCCUAUGCUAAGGGUGGAAAGAUUGGCCUAUUUGGUGGUGCUGGAGUCGGAAAAACUGUACUUAUCAUGGAACUAAUCAACAAUGUGGCCAAGGCUCACGGUGGUUAUUCAGUGUUUGCUGGUGUGGGUGAAAGAACGCGCGAGGGUAACGAUCUCUAUCAUGAGAUGAUCGAAUCUGGUGUAAUUUCUCUCAAGGACAAGACCUCUAAAGUAGCACUAGUUUAUGGGCAAAUGAAUGAACCACCUGGCGCCCGUGCCCGCGUAGCUCUCACUGGUCUCACUGUCGCUGAGUACUUCCGUGAUCAGGAAGGUCAGGAUGUACUACUAUUCAUUGAUAACAUCUUCAGGUUUACUCAGGCUGGUUCCGAGGUAUCUGCUUUAUUGGGUCGUAUUCCAUCUGCUGUGGGCUAUCAACCUACAUUGGCUACUGAUAUGGGUACUAUGCAAGAACGUAUCACCACAACAAAAAAGGGGUCUAUCACCUCUGUUCAAGCCAUUUAUGUACCUGCUGAUGACUUAACAGAUCCUGCUCCCGCUACCACUUUUGCUCACUUGGACGCUACAACCGUAUUGUCACGUGCCAUUGCUGAAUUAGGUAUUUAUCCAGCUGUCGAUCCUCUUGACUCUACAUCCCGUAUCAUGGAUCCUAAUAUUAUUGGCGCAGAACAUUAUAAUAUCGCCCGUGAUGUACAGAAGAUCCUUCAAGAUUAUAAAUCACUACAAGAUAUCAUUGCAAUUUUGGGUAUGGACGAAUUGUCAGAGGAAGACAAGCUGACAGUUGCACGUGCGCGUAAAAUUCAAAGAUUUUUGUCCCAACCAUUCCAGGUGAGAGAAAACAUACAUUAUAAGUGUGUUAAAUGUUUCACUAGGUAGUUUUGGCUUCCUAGC